CCCACCAGAUGUAAGGAGGAGACUCUUCCUGUUCUUCCCCAGCUGAAGGAUGAUGAACAGACCCUGGAAGGUUCUAUACCUCCUGUGGGCCGUUCUGGUGGCCCUGAUGGCCUUCAGCUACCAAAAAAGGAAGACAACGUUUAUAAAAGUUGAGGAAGUAAAUGCAGUAGAGACUUUGGUGAAGAAAGCCUUGCAGUACGUCACAGACGCAUACAAUGAGAAAAGUGAGGACAUGUACAACUUCAGGAUUCUCCGCAUCCUAAAGAUCGAGAAGCAGGUGACUGACCAUAUAGAGUAUCACAUCAGUGUGGAUAUGCAGAGGACCACAUGCCUGAAGAACGAGACGAGCAGCUGUGAGAUCCAGGAAGGCGCGCUUUACAAG